CCCUUCAGAACUCGCCUCUGAAAGUCAACGACACAGAAGGGAACGAGGAAGUGUUGCAGAAUAUUUAUUUCUCUACUAAACUCAUAUUUUCAUCUAUUGUAUGUUCGGUGGUUGCGAUGGAAACCCCUGAGCCCGGACAGGCAGAUGGAGAGGAGCGUAUGAUGGACCUGAGACCCAGGACCCGGUCCAAUCCAGAGGGUGCUGAGGACCGGCGCAGCAGCACUGGAAGUCUGAACAACAGCAGCCUGGCCUCCCCCCCGCAGCCGGCCGUGGGCAGCCGUGUAGAGGGUGAGGGAGAGGCGGCCAGCUCCGAUAGCCCACCAAUAUCUGCCACCACCAUCCCAGCCGCUGCCCCUGCCACUGCCCCUGCCCCUGCCCCUGUAGCGGCGGCAGGAAUCAGCACAGUCAGUAUGCCUACGCUGGCUUCUGCAGUGAAGGAAAGGCCUAAACCCCCUCAGCCGUCCAUGGCCGCCCAGAUCCCACCAUCAGCAGAGUUACACCUGCGGGCACCACGGGUCAACUGCCCCGAGAAAGUCAUCAUCUGUUUGGACCUUUCAGAGGAGAUGUCUCUACCAAAACUGGAGUCCUUCAAUGGAUCCAAGACAAACGCCUUAAAUAUUUCACAGAAAAUGAUUGAGAUGUUUGUGAGAACCAAGCACAAGAUUGACAAAAGGCAUGAGUUUGCUCUGGUGGUGGUGAACGAUGAUGCCAUGUGGUUAUCGGGCUUCACCUCUGACCCGCGAGAGCUGUGCAGCUGUCUGUACGACCUGGACACCAACGUCUGCGAGUCCUUCAAUCUGGAAGAUUUCCUCAAUGUCAUUUUGCAGAAAAUCGAACUUCCUCAGAUGGAGAACAUCCAGACCAUCCCGCCUCCUUUUGUAGUUCGGACUCUCCUCAUCUUCAGUCGGCCUUCUGGCAUGCUUCAGUUCAAUCCUCCUGAUGCUGUCAAAAAAAUGCUGCAGUCUCCAUAUUUCUUCUUUGAUGUUGUGUAUCUUCAUAAUGGAACUGAAGAACCGACUGAGGACGCGAGCUGGAAGGACGUGUACACCACCUUCAGUGAGUUGGACUCUAAGGGCAUGUGCUAUCAGUUUGAGGUGUCACUGUGUGGUCCUGCUAUUGAGCUGCACAACUGCAUGGCCAAACUGCUGUGCCACCCGCUGCAGAGACCCUUCCAGAGCCACGCGUCCUACAGUCUGCUGGAGGAGGACGACACGCAGGAGAAUGAAGCCACAGUGUGAGCUUUUCCUCAAUAUACCCCUGCAAAUCUAGAGACUGAUGAACUCCAAAAUGAAGGAGUGACUGUGAAUAUCUGCAAAUAUAUGGCCUUGUCCACUUUUCUGUUCUGGGAAUGUCUCUUUUAUUAUCUUUGAAAACAUCUGUGACUUAAUUUAAUAAAGCAGCCAUAACCACACAAGCUCAAGAGCCUAUUGUGAAACAGUCAAGUAUUGAUGGUUUGAUCUUUGCACAAGGCUAACCAGCUCAUUUUGAGAAUGUCAACUGUAUAUGUUCUGGUUUCUAAAGUGAAAGUUAUUUAACAUCCAUUUUUUCUGUGGUGGAGAUUCCCAGAUGAGUUCACGUGAUGGGUUAUAAUGGUUUGGUGAGGGUUCAUCUGGACAGCAUCUAAUAAAUACUGUUUGCUUGCUCCUGUCAAAUAAAUUAAAUCUAAAUGCUCUGGGUUGGAGAGCUUCCUUAUACUAUAGAGUCCACAAAAACAUGGUUGAUGAAAAACGGUACAUUGUUGACUCAUUUUUUGUAAAAGACAAUGGAAUAAGUCAUUUGAACUGCAUUUUACUUCAGACAUAUGUUUUAGUUUAAUUCUUUAGUUGAUGAGGUUUGACUUUAGCCAUCAUAAUUUGAUUAGAUAGUGAAAAGCAUUCUAUGAUAUUAUUAUCAAUAAAUUGUAUUAACUGAA